AUGUACUACAACCCAGGCGUAAACGACCACGGUCUCCCCCACGACCCCUUCAAAGCCUGCGUCGUCCCCCGCGCAAUCGGCUGGAUCUCAACCACCUCCCCCACCGGCCAGCAUAACCUCGCCCCCUACUCCCAAUUCACCAAUGUCACCUUCGACCCGCCCAUGGUGAUGUUCUCCGCCAACCAAACCCUCCCCGACGACGCCACGCAGACCCGCAAGGACACCGUCAACAACAUCGAGGCCACGGGCGUCUUCUGCUGGCAGCUGUGUACCUACGCGCUGCGCGAGGCCGUCAACGUCACCGCGGAGGCCGUGCCGCCCGACGAGGACGAGUUCGCGCGCGCGGAGCUCGCCAAGACCUUCUCGCGCGGGCUGCGCGUGCCGGUGCCGAUGGUGAAGGAGUCGCCGGUGCGGUUCGAGUGCGAGUACGUGCAGACGGUGCGGCUGCCGGGCAAGGGCCCGAUGGGGACGGUGGAUGUGGUGUUUGGGCGGGUGGUGGGGGUGCAUGUGGACGAGUGGGCGUUGACGGAUGGCAAGAUUGAUGUGAGGAAGACGAAUCCGAUUGCGCGGCUGGGGUAUUUUGAGUAUGGGGUUAUUAAUGAUGCUUUUGAGAUGGUUGUGCCUGGGGAUAAGAGGAUGCUGAUUGGGCUCUCGGGAAAUGCGUCGAAGAACACGGAUGAGGAUUUGGAAGAGGCCAAGAGCUCAUGA